AUGGCAUCAGUUGGGAGAACGCUCUGGAACAAGAUGACAGCCAAGCCUCUUGUCCGCCCGAGCGAUGUGGACGUGCAGACGCUGGUGGCGCCAUUACCUCCAGGCGUGGAGAUGCCACGUCGAACAUCUUCCAAGCCAAGACGACGACGCACCAGCAGCGGCAAAGCCAGCAAAACCAAGCCCAUAUCCAAUGCGAAUACGAACACAAACCGGCCCGACGGCUCGCGCGUGACCCAGCAGCAGUGGAACAUGUGGGAACCUGUGCUGACGCUCGGGUGGUCGAUCGGAAUCUGCUUCGCUCUAGCGGCGGUAUGCAUCGGGCUUGGAAUUCUGAUCGUCUACACGUCGGGUACACUCACGACUCUGCGCGUAGUUUACGACGGUGGCGACGAGGCACAAGCGACGCAGCCGGACGGUAACGUCACGCAUCUUUCCAAUUGCCGCCUUGAUUCAUCGAAUGAUUCCAAUUCAUUCCACGCCGCCCAUACCUGCUACGUGCAUCUGAAGCUUCCGAACGACAUCAAGAGUCCUGCACGAAUCUUCUAUGAGCUAGACGGGUACUACCAGAACCACCGCCGCUUCGUGUCGUCCGUCAUCCGUACACAGUUCACGGACGAAUGGCGACCAGAAACAGCCACCUCCACACUCGAGUGUCAUCCCAUGAAGUCUAUCACUUCCGAGCUCUGCACGGUAGGCGUCUGUGAGCCCGAGUCAGCUGCCAGGUAUCGCGAGUUUUUCCCGUGCGGUAUCGUGGCCAAUACUCUGUUCAAUGACAUUUUCUGGCUGCACGAGGGUAUUUUGCCGUCGGGAAAGAAUCUUACGCGCACGGAUAUGACGUCCAGGGGAAUAGCACGUAACUACGCUGCACACAACAACAAGAAUCCGACCUGGGAUGUCUCCACGGACACCUACCUGCCUGUGUGGCUCAACCCGAACAUGAGCCGCAUCAUCCCUCCGCCCACAGGCUCAACAGCUCCACAUAUCACUUCCGACUACACGAACAGCACCGCUUGGGUGCACGAUGCGCAAGACUCGUACUACGGUGUAGGCGUCGGUCUGGAGAAUGAGUUCUGGCGCGUGUGGGUCGAGGGCGCCGCCAUGCAUCCGUUCCGCAAGCCCUACGGCCGCAUCGAGCACGAUCUUCCAGCCGGUACAACGCUCACCUUUGCCGUGCAAUCCAAUUUCUUCGUACGGUCGUUCGGCGGUGCCAAGGCGUUGGUACUGGAAGAGGUGGGCUGGUUCGGCAGUACUAACUACAUUCUGGGAGGGUUCUUCCUGGGCGUUGGCGCCAUUUUCGCAGUAGCUGGCAUCUUCUUCACAGGUCGCAAGCUGUACAACCCUCGCGCGCUUGGAGAUGCGUCCGCGUUGGCGUGGAAGAAGAAUUUGUAG